CUGUCAGUUCUGCGUUCAUCCAGGAGAGGGUACCAAGCAGGGUGGUUGUGCUUUCAAUCAAGGAAAAUAAAGAACAAAUGGAAUACAAAAUCACGGAGUUUCUUGCGAUUCUAGCCUAUAGUUUAUACAAGGAUCGUGUGAAUACAUGGUCUCCGAAGGCGUUGUUUUUGCGGUAACAUCUGACAGUCAGCUCGGCCUUUGGUUUCGCUUUCGACUUGCGACAUAAUAUUCAGAUGAAUGAAUGCGUCAAGAAGAGCGUAUGGCGAAUACAUGAUGGCUGUUCCCUUUUCUUGAUCUCUCCCUGGACAUGCUCUAUCUGUCACAAGCUAUAUGCGAAUAACGCCAAACAGUGUUUUAAAAUAAAAACGUUCCCCAAACAUUUGUAUCGACGUAGACGUGAGUAGGACUACUCAAGACAAUGGCACUACUGCAGGGUAAACCUCGGACAAUCACUGGUGACUUCUUAUUCAGUCAACAAGAACUAGUCUCUGAUGCCGCCUCAAAUAACAACAACGACACAGCAAAAGAGAAGAAAGUCUCCAAGAUACCAAGCCGCUGUGAGCUAAACUGUAAAGUAGGAUCUCUAACCGUAUAUGAACUCUCAGACUCUAGGAAAACCCCAUUCCUCAUUCUUCCAAAGAUAAGGAAAGUAAGCAGGCACAAACAUGACAAAGAGUUUUUCUGCUUAGAAUACGGCACCGAGACAGAUCGAUUCAACAUCUUCCUAACCAUUGAAGACAAGAGUGAUGCAGACCAGUGGGAGUUAAAGCUGUGUAACAUAACAGGACAGACACCUCAUAUUCGUCCUAGAGCACAAACUGGAGAUCGACCAAGACGACCUAAUAAUAAAACUAGAAUUGAUCCUCUUUCAAGUCCGUCCGCGCCCGAAGGCUUCAGUUUGGCCGAGCAAGAUGGAGGCGAUGUGCCCCCUACCAACGACGACGCUACGGAUGAAACUAGUCGAAGAGAUGGCCAAAGAACUCCCAGGGAGAGUCACUUGGGAGAUGUCGUGGGUUAUGAGACUGUCAGCCCUAAUCCUCCUAACUCACCAAAUAGUGGUCUUAUCGACGAAAUUUACAAUAAAGACUGUACGGACAUCGUCCUCGAAAAGACCAUUUUGAAGCUGAAGGAAUAUCAGCAGCAGGAACAACAACACCAACAUGAAACUAACGAUGACAGAUCAAGCGAGAUAUUGCCUCUUGAGUCAAGAGAUAGAAUGGAUAUUUCACAAUCCUCAGAUCAACCGUCUUCGGGAUCAGUCGACUUCGGGAUGAGUCGACCUGGUCCACUUCGUCCUACAGAACCAGCCUACCAAUGCACGCACUUAGAGAUUGAAUGCAGUCAAGAGAAUUCGAGUCUCACCAUCAACAAGAAAGACUUAGACACUGGCAAACUCAAGGACAUGUUUAUCUGUUACCGGGGAUCUGUGUACUUAAAGUCUUGUCCGGAAAUUCUACAAAGUCAGCUGUUUCAGGGGACCCGUAUCUUGCAGGUGAAUAAACAAAAACUUGUCGGUGCUAGAGCAGCAGAUAAAGCAAUUGACUACAUCGAAUCCAGCGCAGGACAAACGGUGGAUUUGUUGGUGCAGUUGUUCCCUCUUGGGGUACGAGUGCGGUUAUGUGUUCAAUCUGUAGCAGCUCUAGGCAUUACCCUCCAUGGAAACGAGAUCAUGAGUAUGAAUGAAGAUGGUGUAAUGAGUAGGAUAGCUGAUGGUCUGAGGUGCGUCUGUCCAGCUCUCUCCACUACUGACAUGCCUAGCCCAUCUGCUGAACAGCGAUCCAUUACAGCUAUAGGAGACCGUCAUGUACCAUUCGACGCUACUUCAGAAGUGGUUAAAUAUAUGUUAGAUUCUGCAAUCAAAAGUGGCAACGGAAAUUUAGUUCUACAGCUCCAGCCAACAGAGUUCUGCCAAGCCAUAGCUCAUAAUGCCUUACAGAGAUGUAUUGCAGAGGACCCUGAUGCUAUACUCAACCCCAGACCACACCGUAGACCAUCACUAGUUCAGAGUCUCAUGAGUAACCUUCCUUCUUAGGGCUGAAUGGAGAGCCAAGCAACAACAAUCGAGAGGAUUUUCUAAAGUUCUUGACUUUUGUUGCUUGUUUCAUUAUCCAUGCUGACAUAGAUCUCAUGCACUCGUUGAAUGCCGAACUCCGCAAAAGUGUUACAUUUCGGAAGAAUAAUAAGACACAUUUUCUUCUUAUUAAGAUGAAGCUGAUCGUUGAUGUGUGUUUGUGAGUUCUGCUCUCCAUUUUGUCGGCCAUGAGUCUGUCUUAAAUCGAAGUUUGCAUCUAUAACGAACAAACGGUCAAUGCAAUAACUUGAUUCUGCAUUACACAUGCAUCCCUAUAUAGGGUAAAUGGUGCUGGUCUUCAUGAGUUUUGUAAAUACCUUCUAUUCAUUUGGAGGAAGUCAUUUCUGAGGUUCUGCCUUAAUGACAUACAUGUACUCUCUGUAUUGCAAACUGUUCAGGUUUAGAACGUAUUAAUGUAUAUCAAUUAAAAUAAAUAUACUAAAUCUUUUCGUCUUGAAUUGAUGAUGAUAUAUACUCUAAAUUGAUAUUAUCCAUUAACUGAUAGUAAGAACGAAAAGGAGAACUACACCAUUAUAUUCAUUCUAGUGAUGAAAAGUUUCUGAGGUAUGGUGUAGAAAAUUGAUCAAACUGUAAUUUCAAAACAUCAGGUUCCUGAAUAGGCCUUGCAAGUUUCAUGUUAUAUUUUAUCGAUACGAUCUAAUGCAAUUUGAAAUCACAAACAUUAAAGUUUGCGAGCAUAAGACUCUAUACCAUGUACGAUUAAAUGAUAAUGUAAUUAUUUUUGUCUCUCGAGAUAAUUCUCACAUCUGUAUAUAAAUAAUAUUGAGAGAUAUUAAUGUAUCGAGACCUUUUGCUUUUUUCGAUCAAAUCUCAAAGCCCUUCUAAAGUGUUGGGAGCCCAAAUUCGACAAAAAAAUUAUGGUAAAAUUUCA